UUGUGGGGCUUCUGGAGUCCCAAGAAAACGGAGGCGCGACCAAAGGUUCAGGGCCUGGGCGUCUGGCCACGCCCCUCGCGGAAGCCUAGUGCGCACGCGCAAGGCCCCCAGUCCCUUUCAUGGGCCCCGCAGCUAUUGCCGGCUCCAGGUUGCCCUCCGGGAUGCCCGCUCCCUUUCUGGCCUCAGCCCUGGCCGGAGCCCCGGACGAGGCACUGCAGAGUCCACGCGUGGUCGCGGGAGUCCCUCAGGAGUCUGUGACAUUCCAGGACGUGGCCGUGGACUUCACUUGGGAGGAGUGGGGGCACCUGGGCCCUGCCCAGAAGGAGCUGUAUCGGGAGGUGAUGCUGGAGAACUACCGGAACCUGGUGUGCCUGGGACUGGCUGCUUCCACACCAGAGGUGAUCGUCCAGCUGGAGCGAAGGGAGGUGCCGUGGAGGCCUGAGGGAGACGGUCCUGGAAUCCACCCUCCAGAUUGGGAGAUUGGGCCUGAAAACAAGGAAUCAAUUACCAAGAUGGGCCUUUCUGUGGAAGAAUCAUUCUCAGAAAGAAUCACAAAGAAUGGUGUCUCUGUCUCCAAGUUGGGAGAAACCUGGGUAUGUGCUACCAGGUUAGAGAAGCAACAAAAUAAUGAAGAUACACCUCGAGUAGUAAAAAACACCCAAAGGAGACCUCUUAAUGAUGUGAGAGUCCCUGACUACAGUCAUUGUGUCAGAAGUGCUCAUCUGGGACCAGUUCAUUUUCCACAACAAAGGUUAUCAUUAGGAAAUACUCUCCCUAAAUGUGAUACAUAUGGAAAGAACUUUAGACUAUACUCAGCCCUCAGAAACUGUAAUAAAAUUUGCUCAAACAUUUUUCCUAAGUAUAAUGAGAGCAGGAAGUCUUUCAGUUAUAAUUCCAGCCUCAUGGAGAACCAUAAACUGCAUACUGAAGAGAAGCCUUAUGAAUGUCAUGACUGUGGGAAGGCCUUCCGAUGGAGCUCACACCUUGCUCAACAUCAGAUAACACAUACUGGAGAGAAACCUUAUGAAUGUAAGGAAUGUGGAAAAGCCUUUGGCUUGAGUACAGGGCUGACUCGACAUCAGAGGAUUCACAGUGGAGAGAAACCUUACGAGUGUAAUGAAUGUGGCAAAGCUUUCCUUUUGAACACAAACUUUAUUGUACAUCAGAGAAUUCAUAGUGGUGAAAAACCUUAUGAAUGCAAUGAAUGUGGGAAGGCCUUCAAUAGGAGCACCCAACUUACUGUACAUCAGAGAAUUCACACUGGAGAGAAGCCAUAUGAAUGUAAUGAAUGUGGGAAGGCCUUUCGACAGAACACAGUUCUUACUGAACAUCAGAGGAUUCAUAGUGGAGAGAAACCCUAUGAAUGCAGUGAAUGUGGAAAGGCCUUCCGCCAGAGCUCACAGCUUACUCAACACCAGAGAAUUCACACUGGUGAGAAACCUUAUGAAUGUCAUGAUUGUGGGAAGGCUUUCCUUCUCAGUACAACCUUUGCUGUACACCAGAGAAUUCACACUGGAGAGAAACCUUAUGAAUGUAAUGAAUGUGGGAAGGCCUUCAGCUGGAGCACAGAACUUGCUGAACACCAGAGGAUUCACAGUGGUGAGAAACCUUAUGAAUGUAAUGAAUGUGGGAAGGCUUUUUGUCAGAGCUCACAAUUGGCUCGUCAUCAGGUUAUCCACACUGGAGAGAAACCUUAUGAAUGUCAUGAGUGUGGGAAGGCUUUCCUUCUGAGUACAACCUUUGCUAUCCAUCAAAAAAUUCAUAGUGGAGAGUAAUCUUAUGAUUAUAAUAAAUAUGAAAGAGCUUUCCAUUUGAGCAGUGACUUUACUGAACAUCAGAUUGGGAGAGUGUGUAAUUAACUGUGUGAAUGUAUUUAACACUGGAAAUUCAUCAACCAGACCACGCAACUGUACAUAAGCUAUUUCAUAGUAAAAAGUUUAUUAUAAAUGAGGAAUUAUAAAUUCCACAGCCAGUUCCAAUUUCUCAGCAUCAGUUAAUGAAGAGAACUUACUCAACAUCCUAGAAUCAUGACUUGCACAGCAGAUAGGAAACAAAGCUUUAUGAAUGUAGUGAACAUGAGAUUUUAGUGAGAGCUAGUUUGUGAAAGGGAAUGAAUGCAAACUAAAAGAAAACCCUGUAUCUGAACGAAAUCUCUGACUUUUCCUGUUCUUUUAAGCUCAAGUCCUUAGUCAUCUGCCAUAUUUGCAGCAGCUGAUUUUUGCCAGUGUAGUCUCAGUAAAUUAGGAGUUUUUGUUAGAUUGACUCCAUUUCAAGUUCUCAGAGUCAUUAGCCAUUUUUUCUCCUUCCUCCCAUUCACAGAAGAAAAGAUAGACUUGCUGUGUGCUAAAGCAAAUUCUUUUUCUUGAUCCCAUCCACAUCUGUCUAUUCCAAGACCUUAUUCCAGUAAUCAUUCCUUUCCUUUGCUUUUUCCUAGCUGACUCAGGUCUCCCUAGCAUUAAGGGGGAAAAGACCACUCCUGUCCCUCUAUUCCAUCCAGACUGUUCCAUCUUCCUUUCACUGAAAAAACUUGGGAAACUCUUGCCUUUCCAUUUUCUUCAUUUUUUUUUUUUGCAUCUAUCAUCUGAACACUUAACAAUUGAAUUUCUAUCCCAACCAUUUUACAGAAUUCAGCUCUCAAAAAAUGUAAGAUUCUGAGCAAGUGACUGAAUGAGAGAUUGUCUAAGCCCAGCUCUCCUCUAUCACAUGCCAGAAAUAAAGAAUAACCAGAUACAACACUGUCUAGGAAAAAUCAGAAGGAUAAACAGCAGAAACACCAAUAAUAAGAAUGAUUCCACAAUCCCAAAGAGUCUACAAUACAAGGAGUAACUACUUAUGCAGUGAAACACAAUUUUUUGAAGACUGAAAAUGAGAGGAAAAGCACUUUAGUAACUACUAUAAGGUCUCUCAAAAUCAGGGAACAAAGGGAAAGACUUCUGGAAUGGUUUUAGAAAGGCAAUUUUUAAAAAGUGUAAGGAUGGAAAUUAGAGUAGAUAUUAGAACUCUCAGAGAUAUCAUAAAAGACUGUCAAGAAAUAGGUAACAGAAUAAGUGGAGAUUUUCUUCUGAACUGUUGAUUCUCUGAAAAAGAAACAAAUCUGGAACUCAAGAGUACAACAAUGGAAGGAUUUCAGAACAAAAUAAGACUUCUUGUAAGAAUACCUGGCUUCAGGCAGCUAGGUGGUAUGGGCAGCUAGGUGACACAGUGGAUAAAGCACUGGUCCUGGAUUCAGGAGGACCCGAGUUCAAAUCUGGCCUCAGAAACUUAACACUUACUAGCUGUGUGACCCUGGGCAAGUCACUUAACCCCAAUUGCCUCACCAAAAAAAAAAAAAAAAAGAAAAGAAAAGAAUACCUGGCUUCUCUGGAAGCCAGAGUAACUUACCUUAAAGAAAGGAUGCCCCCAAAUAAUCAAAGAAUUAUAGGUUUUUCAUUAAAUCCCAAUGAAAUAAAUUUCCUGAAAACCAUACUUUAGUAAAAUAAAGAUGAAAACUGUCCCCCCCAAAUACUGAAAAUGGAGGGUAAAGCAUGGAUCAAUAGAUUCCAUAGAUUGCUAAAAGAAAUAUGAAUUUUGGUUCCCCCAGGUAUGUGUAGGUCUAGCUUCAGAGCUUCAACAUUAAACACAAAUUCUUGCAAGCACCCAAGGGGAAACUUUUCCAUUUCUUUUUUUUUUUCUUUUUUUUUUUCUUUUUGCAGGGCAAUGGGGGUUAAGUGACUUGCCCAGGGUCACACAGCUAGUAAGUGUCAAGUGUAUGAGGCCGGAUUUGAACUCAGGUACUCCUGAAUCCAGGGCCGGUGCUUUAUCCACUGCGCCACCUAGCCACCCCCAAACUUUUCCAUUUCUAAGGAAAAGCAAACUAAAUUGCACAAGACCAUUCCUUCUUCACAAGAAACAACACCAAAAAGAAUAUAAUACUCCAAAAAGCAAAGCAGAUUAGUUUGCACACCAAAGUAACAUUAUGCAAAGUUGAGUAUGACCAUCAAUGAAAAAAGGUGGACUUUAAGCAAAAGAGAGGCAUUGGAAUUUCCUUCUGAAGAAGCCAGGGGUGAGCAGGACAUUUGACUUGUACACCUAUCAAAGAAAUUUAAGCAAGGUAGUUAAGUCUAUGAUAGAUGGCAUGACAGAAUGUAUAGGCUACCCUUGGACUUCGAAGAACUGAGUUAAUCUUCUGAUGUUUUCUGUAUGAUCUCAGGAAAAUCACUUGAUCUCUGAGCGCAACUCCGAUCCUACUAAUACUGCUGGCACCUCUAAUACUAAGUUUUUCUUUAAUUACUGAUCUUUGGAGGGAGUUCUACAGUGAUAAAAUUAUAGGUUCAGGUAAAAAAAAUUCCAUGUAAAAAGAAAACACUGAAGAAGUAAAAAUGUUUAUGUUUAUAGAGCUAGAGAAGACUUUUAAAAAAAAUUAUACUAUUGGUGGCCUUUUUCUCAGCCAGUGCCUUGUGGGACUACUGAAGCCCACCUUGCUCUUUCUUGUAACACUGGUGUCUGAAUUUUUAACUGUAGAAGUAAUUUUAGGGGCAGCUAGUUGGCACAGUGGAUAAGGCACUAGCCUUGGAUUCAGGAGGACCUGAGUUCAAACCCAGCCUCAGACACUUACUAGCUGUGUGACCCUGGGCAAGUCACUUAAACCCCAUUGCCCUAAAAAAAACAAAAACAAAAACAGAACAAGAAGUAAUUCUAAGUGAUGGACAGGCCCCUUUAUAGGAAUGGAUACAUUUAUUACUGUAUCCUGGAAUUGAUCUAGGGCAUGCCUCAUUUUGAGAGAUUAAUUACUAAGUUGAAAAAAACCACUUGAAUUUUGUGUAAUGUAUUAUAAAUCUUUGCAUGUUAAGAGUUUUCUUUGAAGAAGUUCCUAACCACUUGUAAGCUUGUUGUUGGCCUACUUACAGUUCUGUAGGUAUUUGUCUUCUGUGUAACUUGCUAGAAGCAUUACUGGCUUUGAGUGGUUCCCCUUCUUACUUUCCCCACACACAUGAAAAUGGCAGUAUCUUUUUCUGUAAUCAGGCUCUGGAUAAUUAUUCACAUCUGCUUUCUGGGCCACGCUGCCCAACCUGAGAUAACAGCUACCUCAAGGUGUGCUUCACCUUUAAGGUAAUUAUUAAAGGUUGCCCAAGACAGGUCUUCUGUGCAGAUAAUGACCAUCUGUGUCUAAAAUUGCUGAGGGUGUCUAUUGCAUGUAAGGGCUGAGCUGCCUUAAAGACCAGUCGUUUCUGAAAAGACUGGCCAUAGGCUCAGGUACAUGUAUCCUGGUCAGUGAGUGGUCCCCAAAUCUUUGAGGCCAAACCAAAAGCUGAGAACUUGCCUUCAGAAGGUGAGAAAUGAAGCCUCCAUAAGGGAGAGUAAAUCAAGCACCUAUAGCAUUGCUGAAGAUGCACUGUUGCCAAAGCUCACUUUGAAGGACAUGAAAGAUUGAACUAAAACUAUCAUUGGCUCCCAGGGAUUAUUGGAGGUAGUUGCAUUCCAGCGAUCAUUUUGGGACCCAGCUGCCUGUGCCACCAUCCUUCGAUAAGUCUCACUUGAAUAUACAAGCUAUUGUGUAGUAUUGGGCUUUGCUUUUGUAUGUUUAAUGGUGUGAUGGUAAUAACACAUAACUCACCCACUUAGAGCUUUUGCUGCUGAAUGUUGGGGAAUGAGCAGAAGAGGCUAAUACUCCCACCCUUUGAAAUUAGAGUCCCACCCCCACAUCUUUUUUCAGGUCUAUUGAGAGAAUAAAAAGCAUUUUGGGGUGAAUUUAGAAAAGCAGGUCAGACAGAAGGGAAGGAAUAGGGAAGGUGUGGAAACAAAUACCUUCAAACUGAAUUCAUACUCUGUUAUUUGCAAGUAUAAAGGAAUUCAAUUGAUUGACCUACAAUAAGCCUUACAACUUUGUACAUCUUUAAAAUACACGGAAGACGCAAUAUCGCAAUAUGUCCUCUUUUUGUUGAAGUCACUUGUUUUACACUUAUGCAGAGUCCAUAAAAUUUUGACAUUGUUUAAUUUUUCAGGAAACCACAUUUGUAUUACAUUGGUUAUUGAGUGUUCUUUUGAAAAAGUCCAUUUUCUCAAGCUUAGUCUUGAUUUUAGCCCAUAAGAUUUUAAAGAAAUUUAUUUUGAUUUUGAAUAUAAACAAAUGGGUAUUUUCAUACGCAUAAUAGAACAGAAAAAAGGAUUGUCCUCAAACUGUAGAUAACUAUUAUAUACUGCUUGCCUUUUAAG